AUGGGCAGUAAAAUUUCAGUGUCAAAUGCGGUGAACGCGGCGGUGUUGGGCGCCCUCAACAAGCCGUCGCGCCCGAAGAUAGAAGUGCUGUUCAAGAUGCUGGUCUUCGCCCAACAACAAAUCCACGGCGUCACCCGACCCGAUGAUGCUCUACCAGAUGCCGCCAACGUGGCUGCUCUGCUAUUUGGAGGGAAGACGGCUCAACCGACGAUGCCUAUGUCA